CCGAUCCGAUUACCGGUUAAACCAGCCGGUCCUGUCUUUUAAAAAUUCAAUUCUGUAGUUCUGUUCAUACCUAACCUAAUUAUAAAAAUUUCUUACUCUGAACAGCACUUUGAGAGAACUCGUGAAUCAUGCAGGCCAGUGACAGGUUUAACAUCAAUUCCCAACUUGAGCAUCUUCAAGCCAAGUAUGUUGGAACUGGGCAUGCUGAUAUGAACAGAUUCUAUGCUUCAUAUAUGGGUCAUUACCCCUUGUUGUCAUACUUUGCUAUUGCUGAAAAUGAAUCUAUUGGAAGAGAACGUUACACCUUUAUGCAGAAAAUGCUCCUGCCUUGUGGUUUGCCUCCGGAAAGAGAGGAGGAUUAGAGGUUCCAUCUGGAUGACAACUGGAUCAUUACUGUGUUAGUAGACACUGAUCAUUUGUUGUACUGUGUUAUCUGAUUCAGGAAACAGAUUGUUGUGUGCUACUUUGAUAAGAGCUUGUUCCAUUUCACUUUUUUUUCUUCUAGAUGCUUAUGUUUCAGUUGCUAUGGAGCUUCAAAAAUUUGGUCUCUGAGGUGUUGAGUUUAGUUUAUUAGCUGUUGUGUUGGCAUACCAUGUUAAAUGUGUAAAUGGUUAGUGAACAAGAGUCUGUUAAUUUAUUGUUAUACAAGAAUAGCUUUGAACUACAA